ACAGCAUCCUUCCCCUAUCCUGCUUUUAGUUCUUCAUGGAUCAAAUCCUAUACAUCUCAUCUCCUCCGAGUUUGCUGAGCCUCUGCCCAAAUUAGACCACUGCGAUUUCAUUGCUCCCCCAGAACUCCCUUCCCUACAUCCCUCAUUGCACCUCCAAUAUACCCAGCUCUGAAAUUUCAGUCACCCCAUAUUCUUGGCUGCUCCCCAAUUCACCUCGCUGGUUUUGUAUCCCUUCAAGCCUCAUCAGCCUCUCACCCCCAGAGUGCCCCUGUUUUAGUGCCCCCUUGUGUCACUCAGCUGCUACUCCAGCUCCCCCAUUUCCCAACUUCCCAUCUCUCACAUUUGCUCGACACUCCACAAUGUCCCAGCUCCUCAGAAACCCAGAGGCUCCCAAAUACUAGACCAUCCAACCGUAAAUUAGCCACCCCUCCUCUAUCUUGACACCCCCUCCCCCACUGUACCCUAACAGGCACCUCCCCCAGGAAGGUGACCCAAGAACCCAACCAAUAUCUGGGAUCAAACCUCUCGCCUAUCCAAGCUGUUCUGGGGCAGGGGAAAGACCCUCGCCUCAGUUCUGCUGUGUCUGCCCAAGGGGGCAGGCGACUGAGCCUGGCCUCCCCCUCCUGCCCCAGGAGGAGCAGGUCCCUCGCACCCUGCUGCCCUGCUGCUAUGUACAAACACUACAACGUCCACUUCGCCAAGGGUGCCCAGACUCCCACUGAGUGCAACUUCUUGGACCCAGAGUUGGGGCACCAAAAAGGAUACUGUCAUCAGUGGCGCCAUGAUGCAGUGGCCCCUCGAAUCCAUGGGCCUUGUCGGUCAUCCCCCAAGUCAUGCUGGCAGCGGGCCUACCACUGCCAACAGGGGGCAAGUGGAAGCUGGCAUCGGGGUCCCCAGCCCCCUGUCCAGCAGCAGCGGCAGCCUCAGCUCCUACUUCCCAAUCCCCUGCGGCAGCGGUUCUGCCCUACUCAAGGUGCCCAGAAGGGGCUACCUGUCCCCCAGGGACCAGCCAGCGCCCCCCAGCCGCUCCCCAUGCCCACCACCUCACCCACUGUGGCACCCAUCAUGGCCAGCAGAGGCCCCGCCCUGCCCUCAGCAGCCGGCACCCUCCUGGAGCCCAGCGAGCCCACGGAUGCCCGGCCCCUGCCUGCUCCUGCAGCCUGCGGCUCCUUCACCUCCUACGGCUCCGACAUCCUGACAGAGGAUGACGUCUACUGCAGCUGCCUAGCAAAGACUCUCUGCCACGUGCCUGUCCCUGUGACUGUGGGUUUCUAUGCCCCCUUUGGCUGCCGCCUGCACAUGAUGCUGGACAAGAUCACUGCGCUGAUGCAGCAAGAGGCGGCGCAGCGCGAGACGGAGGAGCUGCAGCGCGUGCAGUGGAGGCCACGGCCAGUGAGCGGCUGGAGUGUCCCGCGGCUGCUGUGGUACCUGGUGUUCCUGCAGCCAAUUAUCACCGAGGUGCACCUGCGGCGCAAAAACGUGAAGUUUCUCUUCAUCCGCUUCAGCGCCUGGCAGUAUGCGGGCACCGACAAGCUGUGGGCCGGGCUGGUGACCACGUUGUGCGAGGGCAUCCGCCACCACUACGGCGCUCUGCCUUUCAGCGUGUACUCGGUGAUGGGCAAUAAGCCGGUCCCCACACAGGGCUGCUGCCAGCGUGAGUGGCACUGCCGGCGCCGCGUGUGCCUGGGGCUGUUGGGGCUGCUGGUGGCGCUCGCUCUAGGUGUGGGCCUGCUCUACCUGUCCCUGGGCGGCCACGCGCCGGGCCACGGGGGCGCAAGCGGCAGCCUGCUCAAGGUGUUUGGAGGAGCGGCAACCACACUUUCGGGAUCAGGGCUGCUCAUGGCCGUGUACUCGGUGUGCAAGCACCUGUUCGUAAGCCAGCGUAAGAAGAUUGAGCGUCUGGUGUCACGCGAGAAGUUUGGCAGUCAGCUGGGCUUCAUGUGCGAGGUGAAGAAGGAGGUGGAGCUGCUCACCGACUUCCUGUGCUUCCUGGAGAUCUACCAGCGCCGCCGCCUGCGCGUGGUCCUGGAGGUCACGGGGCUGGAUACGUGCUACCCGGAGCGCGUGGUAGGUGUCCUCAAUGCCAUCAACACCCUGCUGUCCGACAGCCAUGCACCCUUUAUCUUCAUCCUGGUGGUAGACCCCAGCAUCUUGGCUGCGUGCCUUGAGAACGCUGGCAACAUGAAGGGGACGGCGGACAAUGGCUACCUCUUCCUUAACCGCACCGUCACGCUGCCCUUCUCCGUGCCGGUCAUGGGCCGCCGCACAAAACUGCAGUUCCUGCACGAUGCUGUGCAGAGCCGCGACGACCUGCUGUACCGCGAGAUCACGGGAAAGCUGUUGUCGCCGGCUAGCGAGGGUGUGGGGGGCGAGGGCGCGCAACUGCUGGCGGUGAAAACACAGACGGGGACCACAUCCACGCCGCAGGGCCACAUCGACGCUGAGGCGGGGCGACGCAUCCAGGAAGCACUCUUUUGUCUGCACGACGAGCGCGACUGCCUGUACGAGUACGUGCCCGACAACGUGGUGUCCAUGAGGCGCAUCGUCAACACCGUGCCCAUCACCGUGCGCCUACUACAGCAGCAGCAGGGUGACUUAGAGGGCCCCACGCCGCGCCAGGCCGUGGCUUGGGUUGUGCUCGCUAACCAGUGGCCGUGCCGCCUUAGCUGGACGCUGCAGUGCCUGGAGGACAGGCAGCAGGCCGGGGGCGCGCCCGAGGGCCGCAUGCGCCUCUGGGACGUGUUCUGCGACAACAGCAGCGAGCUACACACCAUGACCAAGGCAUUGCAGAAUGUGCUCGAUCUGGACGGCGACCCCGAGCUUUUCCAGCGCUUCCUGGGAGCUGACUUCCCCUUCACUGUGGCUGAGGCGCAGAGCCUGCUGAGCUGCACCGUCAACCUGGACCACUCUAUCCGCCGCCGCAUGGGCCUCAUUCGAGCCGUCAGCGCGCUCAAGCCGCAAAGCCCGCCUAAGUCUCCAGCCCACAACACCCCCCACGCUGCCAACGGAGCCGCUGGGGGAGCCUCCCGGGCAACCUGGCCAGGCCAUGCUGCAGGACAUGCCUGCGAAGUUCACCAACCCCGGGACAGGGCCCGUGGGGGGAAGCCAAAGCCAGCGGCCUGAGCGCACUUCAAUCCAGAAAAUCCAGGCUGGGUGGGCCUGGAAUGUGGGACUUCACCUGCCCACACGAGGGAGGAAGGGGCCAGACUGGGCCUACGAUCCAUCCAGGGUCCGAAUGAGGGCUGAACCUGUGAACUAGAGGAAGCCAUGGGCGGUAGCCCUAGAAAUAGGGCAGUAUGUGGUGCCAUGUCUGGGAACAGGCACUAACCAGCAAGGAGCUCAGGGUUCAAGUGCAGUAAAUGAAGGAGUAGAAAGCCCUGGUUUAUCUUUA